CUCUAUGCCUCCGCACACAGAGCGGAGCAGACGCCAGCAGACACACAAACACGCUCCCUCUCAGUUACAUCCACAGUCACACACAUACAGCACCACCGCCGCUGCCUCCACCAGCACUACUCACACACUCAGACACAGUGACGGCUGCCAGGCUCAGUGGGAAGCAAACCGUCAGGGAAAGAGCCUGAGAAGAAAGAGAAGAUCGCCGAGAAGAAGAGAGAAAAGAGUUGGAGGGGCACCUUGUGAAUCAGAGGGGAUUUUCCUUUUUUGUGAGAGUGCGUCUGGAUAUCAGCCUUUCACCAAGGAUUUUUUCCCCCUCUUUGCUCAUCCUCCCUGCAAGACUCCAGCGAUAUCUACCUAUCUAUCCUUGGAGCUUAACAAAAGAGGGAGGGAGUGAGGGAAAAAAAACAGUCACAGCUUCAGAUCCAGACCACCCUCUCCUCUCCUCCUCCUGUUCUCUCUCUCCGGUUCAACAUCCAUGUGCAAGUUCAUCGCUGAUUCCUGUGUCUUGAGGAUAGACCAAGAAGGACGCCGUGUGUUCUUCAGGAUACAGCUGGGCUCCCGUUGGGAUCAGACUUCUCCUUUGAUUUAAGAGGGGAAAAGGACUGGAUAAAACAGAACAACAGACAGAACAAGAGAAAGAGAGACAUUGGAGGAAAAAAUUGAAAGGCAUGUUCAGGGCACCGGAGAAGAGGAGUGAUUCUAAUUUCUAAAUCACAUAGUGUCAAAAAGAGGCAAGCAGAGCGCAACCAUUAAUUCCACAUCCCCCUCUUCCCGCUCCUUUUACCCCCUUUUAGUCCUAAGCUUUAGUUUUCCCUUUUUUUUCUUUCUUUGACCACUAUCCUUCUGAAUUUUGCUUUUCUAACCCCACACAUCUGUCUCCCUAAAUUAUCCUUUUCUGCUACCCUGGCUUUACGCAAUCCAAACCCCCCAAAAGACAGUUCCUUGCAAGAUCCGGUCAGACUGAAAUCCCAUGCACAGUCCAUCCUCCUGUCCAUCCCGUAUGCUUUGCAUCUAAAACGCUAACAGCAAGAAAAAAAAUCCACUCUCCGAACACCCCCCCUAAAGGAUCCAGGCCAGUGGUUGGAAGUGACCAUACCGAACCUGUGAGCUACUAUCUCCAUCCUUCAGCACCUUCAGUUGGAUUCUAUCUACAUGGGAAAACGUUUGGAGCAGCAGCCAAUGUACCCCCACUACACCUACUACUACCCCCACUAUCUCCAGACGAAGCAGUCCUAUGCUCCUCCUCCUCAGCCGAUGGCUCCACCCAGUCCGGGCACAACAGGAGGAGGUGGUGGUCAUGGAGGAGGGCUAAUGGAGCAACUUAGUAAGACCAACCUGUACAUCAGGGGUCUACCACCAGCCACCACAGACCAGGACCUUAUCAAACUCUGUCAGCCAUAUGGGAAGAUUGUAUCAACAAAGGCCAUCUUGGACAAAAACACUAACCAGUGCAAAGGCUAUGGCUUUGUGGAUUUUGACAGCCCUGCAGCAGCCCAGAAGGCUGUGGCCUCGCUUAAAGCAAGUGGAGUCCAGGCACAGAUGGCGAAGCAACAGGAGCAGGACCCCACGAACCUCUACAUAUCUAACUUGCCCGUGUCGAUGGAUGAGCAGGAGCUGGAAAACAUGCUAAAGCCCUUUGGCCAUGUUAUUUCCACCCGAAUACUAAGGGAUGCCAAUGGUUUGAGCAGAGGAGUUGGCUUUGCCAGAAUGGAGUCGACAGAGAAGUGUGAUGUGGUGAUUCAAAAUUUCAAUGGAAAAUUUUUGAAAACCCCUCCAGGCAUGACAGCUCCUGCAGAGCCUUUGUUGUGCAAGUUUGCGGAUGGAGGCCAGAAGAAGAGGCAGAGCCAGGUUAAAUAUCCCCAGAAUGGUCGACCAUGGACAAGAGAGGGAGAGAGUGGUAUGGCGUUAACCUACGACCCAACGGCAAUGCAGAAUGGAUUCUACCCUUCACCCUAUAGCAUCUCGACCAAUCGGAUGAUUGCACAAACAUCAAUCACGCCCUUCAUUGCUGCUUCCCCUGUCUCCACAUAUCAGGUCCAGAGUACAUCAUGGAUGCCACAUCAACAAUAUGUUAUGCAACCUACAGGUGCUGUGAUAACCCCAGCCACGGCCAUAGAGCCCAGCUUGUCUCUUCACCCAUCCAGUGUCAUGGCUCCUCUCACCCAGCAGAUGAACCACCUCUCUCUGGGCCCAACAGGCGCUUACAUCUCUGCUGCAGCGGCUGCUCCUAUGCAAGGAACCUACAUUCCCCAGUACACUGCAGUGCCUGCCUCUGCCAUUACAGUGGAUGGUGUGGUGACAGACCCAUCUCCACAGACAACUGCCCCCUCCUCACAGGACACCAGUGGGCAGCAGCCUUUAUCAGUGGAGAGCUCAGCAGAUCAUGCCACAGCCUACUCCUACCAGCAGACAAAGUAAUGAACUUGGUAGAAAUCAUUGCUGCAUUGCCUUUAGAGGGACUGCAUGGCGGAGAUGGAGACAGAAAAAGAAUCAAAUUACAACAGAGGACAAAAACACAGCAGUGAUUUGGACGUCACGGACAGGAAAAAUACUUCCACUCUUCACAGGAACCAAAUAAAUGCUGAACAAAGCUAAUUAUCCUUCAUAGCUGUUUGAACCAAGACAAAGACAGCUAGAAAAAAAACAAAGAAUGUUUGUUGAACUACAAGACAAUGAAAUCAAUCCCAGUCAAAGACUGAUUGAUUAUUUCACAUUUUGAGACUGUUUUUUUCCCCUCUGGAGGAAUUAAAAUAUAAAUAUAUAUAUAUAAAAGACUUAAAUCAGAACUCAUCCAACUGUACAGAAAAAAAGAAGAUUUCAUUUGAAUGUGCAGGUAGAAUUUUUGACUUUUUUAUCAAAAAAAUAAAGGAAGCAAUGUCUAGAAGAAAACACACUGUCUUCCUCUGAAAUGAAGCUGUUCUUUUCAUUCUUUUAUUAUUUGAGUAGUUUUUUUUUGUUUGUUUUUUUUAGAAAAUCAAUGUUUUCUUAAAUUCUUAUUGCCUUAAUUUUCUCAGACUUUGGGGAAAAAAAGACUGCAUAGUGUUACAUUCUUAAAAAAUGAUUUGAGGUGUUGUGGGAGCCUCAGAGAGGAGAGCAAAACUAUCUGUACAGGUUUAAAAAAAAUAA